AUGGAAUUGGCCUCACCUCUAACAUUUCUUUAUAGUUUCUUGGUUCCAUCUCCAUUAGAUGAUAAUGAUGAAUUUUCGAUUCCUUCUUAUAACACAACACAAAAAAUUCUUGCAUCAUUAUUUUUAAUUCAUUAUUUUAAUAGGGUAUUUAUUUAUACUUAUAGAGCGCCAAAUGUUGCUUCAAUCCAUUUAAUAAUAUUAUUAAGUGCUAUUAUCUUUAAUGUAAUUAAUGGAUAUAGUAAUGGUAGAUGGAUUUCAGUAUUUGGUAAUUAUACUGAGGAAAGAUAUAAGGAACCUUUAUUUAUUUUAGGUGUGUUAAUAUUUUUCAUUGGAAUGUGGAUAAAUAUUGAACAUGAUAAUAUUUUAUUUAAUUUAAGAAAGGAAAAUUCUUCCAAAACUUCAUCAAACGAAAAAUCAAUUAUAGUUGAUGAUUUGGGGAGUAAAAGAAAAAAAUAUUACAUUCCAAAUGGAGGUUUAUUUAAUUAUGUUUGUUGUCCAAAUUAUCUUGGCGAAAUAAUCGAAUGGAUUGGUUUUGCAAUUGCUUGUUGGUAUAGUUUACCGGCAAUAUUAUUUGCUAUUAUGACACCUGCCAAUUUAUUUCCAAGAGCAAAGAAUACUUUUAAAUGGUAUAAAGUAACAUUCAAAGAAUACCCAAAAGAUCGAAAGGUUAUUAUUCCUUUUAUUUGGUAA